CGCGCGCCGGCUGCUCCCGGAGCACUGUGUUCGAGGCUUGUUCAGGGGCGGGUAGGUAGCGGUUGGUUAAUGUUUAACCGCUCGCUCGGGACGUUGAAGCUGUGAUCCUGGUCUCUGGCGCCUCCCCAUUCCUGGAGCGCCCCCAGCCGGGGGAACAGAUCUGCCCUCCUAUGUCUGUGGUGUCGCCUGCAGGGCUGCCUCUGCCUGUUAGGGGUCCCCUGGCUGCUGUGGCCCUCUGAUUACCUGCCUACCCUUGGCGCUUGCUGGACUUCAGAUCUGACCCCACACCUGCCUGUUACCUUGGGAGUGCCCGCCUCCCCUCCCAGCCAGCACGAUGCCCAUCCUCAAGCAGCUGGUGUCCAGUUCUGUGCACUCCAAGCGCCGCUCUCGUGUGGACCUCACAGCAGAAAUGAUCAGUGCCCCGCUGGGUGACUUCCGCCACACCAUGCAUGUGGGCCGGGCUGGAGAUGCCUUUGGGGAUACCUCCUUCCUCACCAGCAAGGCGGGUGAGGCUGACGGUGAGUCCCUGGAUGAGCAGGCCUCCUCCUCAUCUUCCAAACGCAGCCUCCUGUCCCGCAAGUUCCGGGGCAGUAAACGGUCACAGUCCGUGACCAGAGGGGACCGGGAGCAGAGGGACAUGCUGGGCUCCCUUCGGGACUCAGCACUGUUUGUCAAGAAUGCCAUGUCCCUUCCUCAGCUCAAUGAGAAGGAAGCCACUGAGAAGGCCUCCAGCAAGCUACCCAAGAGCCUGUCUUCCAGCCCUGUGAAGAAGAUAGAUGCUGGAGAUGGUGGCCAGGAGACAGGCUCAGGGGAGAUGGGUCCCCCUCGGAAUGGGGCCACAGGCCCCCACUCUCCUGACCCACUCCUUGACGAGCAGGCCUUUGGGGACUUGACAGAUCUGCCCAUUGUGCCCAAGGCCAGUUAUGGACUGAAACAUGCUGAGUCCAUUAUGUCCUUCCACAUCGACCUGGGGCCCUCCAUGCUGGGUGACGUCCUCAGCAUCAUGGACAAGGAUGAGUGGGACCCAGAGGAGGAAGAGGGUGGCGGAUACCGUGACAAAGAAGGUCCCAGCAGCAUGGUCCAGGCUCCCCCUUUGCUGGAGGUAGCUCCUCCUAUAGGAAGACAGGAAAGCAAGGCCAGCUCGGACCAGGCCUCCAUGCUGCCCCCACAUGCUCUGGAGGAUGACGGGUGGGCGGCAGCAGCCCCCAGCCCCAGCUCAGCACGCAGCGUGGGGAGCCACACCACUCGGGACAGCAGUUCCCUGUCCAGCUGCACCUCAGGCGUCCUGGAGGAGCGCAGCCCAGCUUUCCGAGGCCCAGACAGAGCCCGGGCUGCUGCUCCAAGGCAGCCAGACAAGGAAUUCUCCUUCAUGGAUGAGGAAGAGGAAGAUGAGAUCCGAGUUUGAGCUGGACAGAAAGUUGACAGUAACUUCCGCAACUCUGGGUUGCAUCUUUUCCCUGCUGCUGCCGCUGCCUUCACUAUGACCUUUGACCUUCCUAUGUAGGUGCAGCUAAGAGCCUCAUACUGGAGUAGACAGACCCUGGACCUCUGGGAUUGGGGUGCCAGGGAGGUAGCAUGGGUACUGAUGGCCGGACUCGGACCUGACCUUCCUUUACUGCAGCAGCCUGGGACAGUGGUGUCCCAGCAGGAAUCCAUUCCCCUCUCUGGGUCCCUUGCUUCCAGCCUGGCCUCGGAUGGAUGCCAGAUGUUAGUUUGUGUUUCUGCAGCAAUGGCAGGGCAGCCAAGUGUGGCCUUCUCUCCAAGGUCAUGGACACUUAGCUCCCUUUUUUCACCUGAUGUCUGGUGCCUACCAGGAAGGUAUAUGCAGCAGGAGACGGGGUGGUCAUAUGUCCAGGCUCUUCUUUCCUUCACCCCUGGCUCCUCACUGGAAGCCUGGUGCUCUUUGGGUUCAGCUGGGGCAGGGGACAGCCUCAACCAAUACACUAAACCUAGUCCUUCCCAGGGGCCAGGACAGGGUGGGGGGCAGAAGGAACUCCCCCAGCCCCCAGCUUCUUGGGUUUUCAAGAAGGGGCCCUUCCCCAGUGACACAGGAACAGGAAGGGCUAGCUCUGCCCUACGGGUGUAUUUGUUUGUUUGUUGUUAUUAUGUUUGAACCUGAAUAGUGCGGUAUCAAAAUCCCCUCCCAGGAGAGUAUAAUCCUGUUAGCGAGAUUGUCUUGGUGGCACAGUGCCUGUUAGCUUACUCAAGUCUGGGUACUACAGACCCUGUCCAGGUUGAACUGUCCAGGGGGGCAGCCGCCACCAGUGUUUGCCCAUGAACCCCACCUCCAUAGCUGUUAACAGCUGAAUAAGGACUAUAUAGGAAAGUUCUGGAAUGUGAUUGUUAAAUAAUGCAUUGUUCCCCGAAGUGUGAGCUGUGUUUUGACUGGGUGGUUCCCUCCCUCUGCCCUACUCUGUGUGGGGGGGACAGGGUCUCCUUCCAUUCUCAGCCUCUCCCAACUGCGGAGACCAGGGGGGCUAUGGGCCAGGCUUAACAAGACCAUAUUCAGUUUGAAUUCCAGGUUAACGAAAGUGGUGUUUUGUUUGUUUGCUUUCUGAGACAUAGUCUCACUCUGUAGCCCAAGCUGGCCUCAGACUCACAGCAAAGCCUCACUUAGCCUAGGAGCUGAGGUUACAGGCAUGCGCCACCCUCCUGGCUGUUGGUCAGCAAUCUGUUUGUGCUCGGCUCCUGUGACUCUGCCCAGAACAGGAAUAGAAGCAGGGGCCUGAGCCCCAGGAAUGGUAACUCAUUACUUUUCUGUGCUAGGAGCAUCCUGGCCCACCUCCUGGUCUAGUAUAGCCAGUAGGAAUCUGAAGAGAGAGCAAGCUAAAUUACAGAAGGAUUCUGGCCAGAUGAGGCUGGUGCCCUGCCAUGGGCUGCUCUUGCUUCCAGAGUCCUCCCAGAUCCUGACCCCGAAACACUCACUGGGCUCCAGACUGGUGCUCCUACGUAGGUAGGCAUUGACAGAGCCGCAGAACCAUGCCUCUGGCCUGCAGCACACACACCCCUCCCAAUCUACCUGGUCAGUUCUAGACUCUAAACUUUGUAUUUUUUCCAUGACAUUGAUAAAGCAGUAAGAAAACAUUAAAAUUUCCUCCUAGCA